GGGGAGCGCUGCCGGCGCUCACUCUGCCGCCAGCCGCGGGGCGUUAUGCGGCGGCGGACGGGGGGUGCUGCUGCUGCUGCUGGGUGGCGGCGCGGGGGAACAAUGGGCUCCUUCUCCUCGGCCCUCAGAGGGGCCGUGGCGUAAGGGACGAGGGGGAGAACGGCGCGGCGCGUAGGGAGCACCAUGAGCUCCGCCGAAAUUAAGAAGCCACCAGUGGCCCCCAAACCAAAAUUUGUGGUAGGACACAAGGCGACGCCUCCACCUGUUGCACCGAAGCCAGACAUUGUACUUUCUGGUGUUAUACAAGCAGCAAGGAAAACCAAGCCAGCAAUUGCACCAAAACCAAAGGUUUUCAAGAGCUCAUCUGUUCCCGAAGUUAAACCUCUAUCCUCUACACAAAAAAGCACAAAAAGCUUUGAGGAGCACAGGGGAGAUUCUUCUCAAACGCUAGACCACUUGAACUAUAAAAAUGAAGCCUCGGAAGGGAGUACUGAUAACACAGCAUAUAUUCUACCAAUGUCAUCUUGCAAAUUUGAAUGCUUUCAUAAGCUUGGAAAUGGGGAGAACACCUGUAAAACUCAGAUCAUUUUUGAGCGCUUUGAAAACUUAGAGAACAUCAAAGUCGGUGAAAAAGCUGCACUGGCUCUGGGGAAUAGUCACAAUGAAAAACUGGCAAAUAGAAAUCAGGUGGUUUUGAAAGCCAGCAUUUUGGAAGAGAAACUUAAGGACGUUCUAACUCAUAGUGUGUUUCCUAACAGCAGUCCUGUGAGGCACAGGUAUGCAGACAAACUUGACAAAGGGGACAGCAGCAGUUCCAAGAAUGACAUUAAAAUAGAGUUUAUGGAGCUUGUACAGUCUUCAUCGUCUUCUGAGGUAGCUAAAGGAAAGCAACAAAAUACUGACGGUAAGCUCACUGUGGAUGAGUUUCAGAUGUCUGAAAUUUGUCCGAGUUUGACUGAAAAUAACCACAGUUGCUCUUGCCCAUUGGACCAGAAAAUCCUGGAAAAUGAAAAUUUAAGUAGCAAUAGUACGUUUUCAGGUGAAAUGGGUAUGAAAGCAGAUGCUGAUGAAGCUUCCUCUGAAACAUCUUCAGUCCUGACCUCAAAAGUGCUUCCUAUCCCUAAGCCAAGAAAGCCACGUGCUGCUUGUCUAGUCCGUCAGGAUGGCAUUGACACCACAGGAGAAGGAACAAAGGAACAAUCUAAUUCAGAGAAAGAUUCCUUUGGACUUGUGGAACAAAGCUUUAAAAAGCUGGCAAAAAUUAAUAUCCUUGGUCAAAGUGUUUGUUAUAACAAUAAUACAGAAGUGCUUCAUCCUGAAAAAUGUGAGAUAAUUCAAAGCAAUACAGACAAAACACAUCAGGUGAACGAACCUGCUACGGAAGAGUCAACUUCACUGUCACGCAAAACUUCUGAUUUGGUGGAAAGUGUUGAAUGUUCUUUAGAUGCGGACCAUAACUUAGUUAGCUCCAUGGAUGAGGUGACAGAUGAUACCAGUAUGCUAGAUGCUGUGGACAAAAGGACUAACUUUGUCAGAUGUGAUACUUUGUCCAUGAGUUUGCCAAAGCAACUCAAAUUAACUUGCAGUCAGCACUCAUCAGCUUCCAAUAGCAUCCGUGUUUCCCCACAAAAAUUGGAAGAUAAAGAAGUUAAAAUAAAGGAUGAAAGUUCUCCAAGAAUCGUUCCUAAGAAACCACAGAGGCACAGCCUACCAUCUGCUGGCCUGCUGAAAAAAGCCGCAUCAGCAGAGCUUGUGGAGAAAAGUUCUUAUACUUCCAAUGAGGACAAAUUGAACAGUGUUCUGGAAGGAUCUCACUUCACGUGUCCACCUGCCAAGGAGCAAGGCGCACUGUCAUCCUGUGACAUACCCAAACGUUCUUCUGAGAAACCUGUCUGGAAGUUACCUCAUCCUAUUCUUCCAUUUUCAGGAAACUCUGAAUCAUUAAAACCUGCUAACAUUGCUACCAGCUUCAACCACUUGACUGUUGUGACAAAGCCUAGGGCCAAAUCUCUCUCUUCUGUGGACAUGGAAAGGACAGGCAAACCUUGCAAAGACCAUCAGAAGAAAAAUAGCUUGAAAAAAUUUCUCAACAUGAAACUGUCAGUUUGCUUAAUGAAAAGUGACUUCCAAAAAUUUCUGUCUAAAGGCAGCCAGUCAAUGGAUAGUGCCAUUGCCAACCUUUCCACCGGGGAUGGGUAUGGAAGUGGUAGCAACCGGAAUAUAGCAUCUGUAGGCAGUGAAAGGAAAGCUAAAUCUGCCAAGGUGCAUUCUGUAGAAAUAAGUAGUCCGGCGUUACAGAAGAAGAGGCAGAGAAACAGAAGUCAACCUGAGAUGCGAAGUAACCAAAGGCUUGAAUCUUUAGAUGGGCAUGUACUUUUGGGAGACAAUUUGUCACAAAUGUGUUUGAAUUCUGUAACCAGCACUUGCGCUCCAGAGUACGAGAACGUUCGUCACUAUGAGGAAAUACCUGAGUAUGAGAACUUGCCUUUUGCUAUGGGUGCUAGGAGAAAUCUCUGUUUUGAAUGGCAGAACUCCAGCAGCGUGGAACACCAGAGUCCUGGCCUCUAUGAGGCUGAGGAGCCUUGUGAAGCUACAAACAGGCGUUUGAGACUUGGCAGGUCCUUAGAAGAACACCAUGAGCAUGCUAAUGUGGUAAUGGGAGAUCUUCAGUCAGAUGAGGAAGAUAUUAUAAACAGUUCUGAUGAAGACGAUGACACAAAUUCUGAUUCCAGCAAAGGGGAGCCUGAUCUUCAAGAAGAUAAGCAGAGUAAGGCAGCUGGAAAGAAAACAAAGGUUUACCAUAUUGCCAAGGAGAUCAUGAGCUCAGAGAAAGUGUUUGUGGAUGUGCUAAAGCUCUUACACAUUGAUUUCCGGGACGCUGUGGCACAUGCCUCUAGGCAGCUUGGAAAGCCAGUGGUUGAGGACAGAAUCCUGAAUCAGAUCCUGUACUACCUACCUCAGCUGUACGAACUCAAUCGGGACCUCCUGAGGGAACUGGAAGAGCGAUUAUCUCACUGGCUCGAACAUCAGAGAAUUGCCGAUAUAUUUGUGAAAAAGGGUCCCUAUUUAAAAAUGUAUUCAACCUACAUCAAAGAAUUUGAUAAAAAUGUUGCACUGUUAGAUGAACAGUGUAAGAAGAAUGCAGGUUUUGCAUCAGUAGUCAAAGACUUUGAGAUGAGCCCCCGCUGUGCUAGUCUGGCCCUCAAGCACUAUCUGCUCAAGCCAGUUCAGAGGAUUCCCCAAUACAGGCUCCUGUUGACAGAUUAUUUAAAGAAUCUUUUAGAAGAAUCUGCAGACUAUAGGGAUACUCAAGAUGCUCUUGCUGUUGUCAUAGAAGUUGCAAACCAUGCCAAUGACAUCAUGAAGCAGGGAGAUAACUUUCAGAAACUCAUGCAGAUUCAGUACAGUUUAAAUGGACACCAUGAGAUUGUACAGCCAGGAAGGGUCUUUCUGAAAGAGGGAACACUGAUGAAGCUGUCCCGGAAGGUCAUGCAGCCACGAAUGUUUUUUCUGUUCAAUGAUGCCCUGUUGUAUACUACUCCAGUUCAGUCAGGGAUGUAUAAACUAAACAACAUGCUGUCGUUGGCUGGAAUGAAGGUUAAAAAGCCAACCCAGGAAGCAUAUCAGAAUGAACUGAACAUUGAAAGCGUAGAGAGAUCCUUCAUUCUUUCAGCAAGUUCUGCUACAGAAAGAGAUGAGUGGUUAGAAGCUAUCUCCAAGUCGAUUGAAGAAUAUACAAAAAAGAGAAUCACAUUUAAUCCUAGCAAAAGUCUUGAAGAGGCAGACCCGGAGAAACAGGAAGAAGAUAGUCCGCUGGGAUCAAAGGCUCCGAUCUGGAUCCCUGAUACUAGAGCCACUAUGUGCAUGAUCUGUACAAGUGAAUUCACACUGACAUGGAGAAGGCAUCACUGCAGGGCAUGUGGAAAGAUUGUCUGUCAAGCUUGUUCAUCAAAUAAACAUGGUUUAGACUAUAUGAAAAACCAGCCAGCAAGAGUAUGUGAUCAUUGCUUCAGGGAGCUACAGAAACAAGAUAACCAGUGCACUCCUAAAAGCGGAUCCCCAGUCAACCAUAAAUCUCCAUCAAGUGCCUUGUCAACAGUAUUACACAGCAUUCCCUCUGGAAGAAAGCAGAAAAAAAUUCCUGCAGCCCUCAAAGAAGUUUCAGCAAAUACAGAAGACUCUACAAUGAGCGGCUACCUGCACAGAUCUAAGGGCAGUAAGAAACCAUGGAAACACCUAUGGUUUGUUAUAAAAAAUAAGGUGCUAUACACAUAUGCUGCUAGCGAGGAUGUGGCAGCGUUAGAGAGCCAGCCUUUACUUGGAUUCACAGUCAGUGAAGUAAAAGAUGAAAACUCAGAGUCUAGAGUGUUCCAUUUACUGCACAAAAACACUUUAUUUUACAUAUUCAAAGCAGAUGAUCCCCAUUCAGCUCAAAAGUGGAUAGAAGCUUUUCAAGAAGGCACCAUAUUAUAGCAGUGUCAGCAUCGCGUCUGCAAGUUUAAAGGAGAAUGUCCAAGGAUGGUGGUAAAACAGACUACCGCAGCUGUUCAAAGAAACGGAAUCCUGCCGUCUCAGCCUACACAAAAUUGUAUAUUUGUCAGGAUUAGGAGUUGUUGCAUUUUUAGUCUAAGGUAGUAUUUUUUUAAAGAAUUGUGUGUAUUUCUGUGUUGAUACAAAAUGUGUUAUUUAUUAAAUUCCAAUGUUUACUUUCAUGGUCAGAAUUAUUUGUGAGGUCUGCAAUGAGGCCCACGUCUUCAGAAUGGCAGGUGGUUGGUCAACAUAUUCCUAAAGUUUGUGCUUUUUUAAAAAAAAUAAUAAUCCGUUGCAAUUGUACAGUUUCUCAUGAUUUGCGUAUAGGUCUUGAGUCGCUGAUGCUCACUUUGCAAUUUAGCAAGAACAGACCAGAAUAGGAAUUUCAAAGGUUUGGGAUCUGUUGGCUAUGUAAACUCCUUUAUGAGAAGUUGUAUAAUAUUGCUGCUCCUUUCCUUGAAUGGCAGUUGAAGUCUUGCAUACCAGUACAUUAAAACAGUACAAGAAAUUCUGUAUCACAGCAGCAAUUGCAAAGUACAGUUAAAUUAUUGAAAAAGAGAAAAGGGAAAAAUAUUUUCAAACAGACUUUGCAAUUACAGAGAUAAGGCACCAGAGCUUUUACAGUGCUACAAAUGCCAAACAGACUAAAUGAGUUAUCUUCAAACAAUUGCAGGACAGAUUUUCUUUCAUGUUUCCAGUAGUAAUUUAAAGCAGAGUAAAAAAAUAAAUUGUUGAUAUACAGGGAAAAGACAAAAUAUUUGUUUCAAAACUUUGUGUCAAAUGAGUUCUGUACGCAGUAUGAAACUGUAUAAACGUUCAAAGAAUGUUAAAGAAAUAUAUGCACCUCCCCUCCCAAAAUUUUAAACUAUUGUGUAUUUAAAUAUUAUGUUUAAACUGGAAUCACCAUACCAACAAAACUCAGCUUUUUUAGUGCAGAUGGCAUUGAAAUGUAUACCA